GCCUUCUCCGUCCAAGGUGACCACCGUUUGAUAAGUCAAGUUGCCAUGGUUGACGAUACGUCUCGGUAGCCUGGGUUCGUCCCACCCUACUUGCCAGGUAGACUUGCUGCCCAUAUACCACAAGUGUCGCUCACGGACACAUGAUAGUAUGGAUGUCGCUCGAGCAAGCCUGUUGUCGAUAGCAAUCAGCAUGCCAGCCACGUUACACUGGCAGGGUGAGCCACGAAAUCGCCGAGGACUGUCCGAUCAGCUGGUAUUCCGAGUCACAGAUCAAGGAUCCCCACUGGCAGGAAAGACUGCGAUGUGCUUGUGCUGCCUGGCUGACGGCCCAGCCAAAGAUAUCGUCCCCACACACGAGUCUCGAGUGUCGGAACUCGUAGGAAGGUAAGGUUAUGCUCAGGCUGCCGGCCAAGACAGCUAUGACCAGCUGCAUCGGCGCAAGAUGACAUUAUUUGCCAUCUAGCAAGUGAGGAUGGGCCCCCAACGGGCUGCUCCCCACCGUCAGCAGCCACUUGCAUACGAGGAAAAGGCAGCCUCCCGGGUCCAAGUCCCAAAGUAGUCCCCGGACUAUGCCUUGGGCGAGCUCGUUAUUCAGCCAUGAUAUGGCAGAACAGCGAGCAAAGGUGCGGCCGAUAUCGAAGGACAAGGUCAGAGACGCCUUGGGAAGACUCAUCAGCUUGACGGCAGAGCGCACAAUAUUGGGUUUCCGGCCACGCAACCUUCGCCAACGGAAGUGUCGGAAAAGAAGCCCAAAAGGGGUACGGUGGCGGUGGUUACAUUUUUCAUUUGCCGCUCGUCUGAAUCAAGGACAAACCGUUCUGGUUUUUGAGUCACGGGUCGCCGACCGCUCACCACCCACGGCUGACGAGGGUCGUUUCGUCUUCCUGAGUCAGAAGCGAAUCAGACUGGCCGCGUUUCGCCAUUACGUUCGAAUUGGGUCUGGACUGCUUUUCCAUUGGAGGUCACCGUGCGUCGCCGGACUUUCAAAUUGGUUGUGCUUCAUAGGCAUUCCUUCUGCUACUUUGUGUUGCACAUCUGAAAUAUACGGUGCCCCCCUGUCACACUUGCUUUUCCUCGUGCCCACCAUCGUCUACCGUCGACCAAGGAUGUGUUAAGGUAAGUUGGGGGAGGCCGCGUCAGAUCUAGACAGGAGUAUCUGUGGAAGCCUCGGGCAAGCGGCAUCGCAAACGAACGUUCUAGGAUGAAUUGUUGGGUGAUGGAUGAACAGAUGACUAAACAGCGAUCUGAUGGAUUUUUGGUUUCAGCAACACGAGAGACGUGAGAGUGGUUUGUCACCUAGAUGCCAGUGUCUGUCGGCCGCAGCACAAUAUUUGUCUUGCUUACAGGAGGUUGAUUGCCGAACGACUGGGAUGGAUGCAAUACGCGGACCAGAUUUGCCUCUUCACCAGCUGAAGCGCCUCCUGUCGCAGUUGUUGAGGAUGAAGUAACCGGACCCGGGGCCUGGUAUGAACAAAAAGCCGACGGGUUUGAUCAAUCGCUCCUGCAGUUUGCAAUCAUGACAUGAAAUGCUCUGGACAGUGCUCGAGAUUGAUACUCGGCCUGAGGCAUAGAAUUCGUAACAGCUUCUACCUGCGCGGUCAGAGUUUGAAUAUUAGCAUCCAGUAAUGUAAUAAUUGUAUGCCUGGCUGGGUUUGUGGAUUGCUAGAAUGGAGCAGACUGAGACUCCAGACAGCGAACGAGGGAGGCCAUCGGGUGGUUCAGAAAGAAUGGAGGACGAUUGUGGAUGGUGCAGUGCCAGUGGUUGACGGGCGGUUGAGUCUGCCAGAGUCGGGCGACUAUUGGGGCCUUAGAGGCCUCUCCCGGCGGCGUUUCCGCUGAGUUUGGCCUCCUUGGCCCUUGAGUCAUCCGGCUGAUCUGGGCGGCGCAGGCGCAGGCACUGCACUGCACACGCUGAAGAGGCCGAGCGCAGGCAGGGAAGGGCCACUCCCACUCCCACUCCACGGCUGUGACUGUGAGCAAGCACUGAGUGGCGAUGGCGACGGCGGCCGCCCCCCCAGCCCAUUCAUCCAUAUACAACCAGCCGCCCCAUCUCACCAUCGCUGUCUCUAGUCCUUGGACCAUGACAAGAUGAAGCAUACUAUGAAUCGCAGCAACGGCUGCUGGCAUCAAUAUUAGGUGUUCAUCUGAGUACUACUGGCAUCUUUGUCUCUGCAUCGAUCUGGUCGUCCACACCCUUGACUGCGAUCUCUUUUGCAUCGGCGACUUGCGAACCUCAACCGGCCGAAAGUCGAUCUAUUCAAACCAUCCACGCCUACAUUCACUCUUCCAACACAACUUCACUGUGAACGACAGCGGAUAGCACUACAACUCUUCACCAGAGCAUCCCACCACUCGCCUUACCACCCGAAUCCUUGUAAUCAACCUCGACGUGUGCUUGGAUUAGGCUUACGCCACCAAGCACUCACCGCGAACUCGACUCUCCACUCCAACAACGUUCUAAACAAAAAAGACGAACUUAGCCAUGAGUCUAUGGCCAGUCACACUCAGUUUUAAGCAAUCGUCUGUCCGUCAAAGCCCACCGCCAGAGUCAGAAGCUGUUUUGGUAAAACUACACCAGGAUUGUCUUGAGAUUGACAAGCAUUGGUACGUUGAUGUUCAUAUGCGCGAGUUUGUUUCGGCAUAACUCACGUCUAGACAUCGACUCAGUGCUUGUCCUGAUCAAGUCUUCUUGAUACCGGGAACAGCGAAACUUUGACUCUGACUUGCGGUGGGUUUGCGGCCCGAUACUGCGCAUAUCCUUGGUCACUCUCAUUGGCUUUCUCGAUCUGCACUUGUGGUUCGCACAGGUAAACAUACUGGUUGUAGAGGAAGUCCCUAGGCCCUUCGAUUCAGGAUCGAUUUCCUCAUAAACCAACAGAAAAUGGGCGUUAGGGGGGUCGCAGACCUCUCUAAGAUAUACGGCCCUCAUAAUGUACAAGAGUCUGUCUCUGACUGGCUCCGAUCCGGUUGUCGUGAUUACUACAACUCGGACAAAGUUGAUGCUGCUUCCACCAAUGGCCGGUACCCAAUCAACGGCGAGGUCGAUCGCAGCAGUGUUGCUUCUGGGGACGAUACUGUGAGCAUUGUGGAAUCUAUUCCUGAGUCCUACUCGUCCGGAUCUUCAUCUCGCACCUCGUGGAUGAACUCGUCUGAUUUAGUCGACGUCUUUUCCGACGAGGACGACAAGGAGCACCUGCGAGAGCCGGAAACAUCCCAUGGAUCCCGUGCACCAGUCGAACCCCAAAACCAUCUACACAAUGGCUUUCAGACCAGCGGUCAGUCCACCACCAGCGUUGGUGCUGCCGCCCACCUGGGGCACAACAUCUCUACUACCAUUCAAGCGAAGGGCCCCGAUCUGGCUCAGAAACGUUCGGAAACGGAUAUCGCGCCGCGCGUGGCUGACGCUGCUGGUGGACGUCAUAACAGAGCUGCACUUAGACGUUCAUCGUGCUCUGGCAACACCCAAGCGGCACCUCCCAAACUCAGGAGAGACACCGAAGUCACUGAUCAAUUUGUGUGUCUUCUCAUCAUCUUUGCCACAAGGCUGAUCACCGCCAUUUGGCCCCUGUCAGCCUGCCCUCCUAUGAUGUCCACAUGUUUCAAUGGAGCUGGAGUGCUGCCUCUACGCGUCUUCAUUCAAGAAACGUUACGACGAUCAAAGACAAGCUAUUCGACCUUGCAAGUUGCCUUGUACUAUCUGAUCCUGCUCAAGGCAAAACUACCUCCUCAAAACCCAACCAUCAGUGGCGGAUGUCCUGUCAGAGCUCAGUGCCGAGCAAUGCAAUGCGGCCGUCGGAUGUUCUUAUCCGCUCUCAUGCUAGCGUCGAAGUACUUGCAAGAUCGGAACUACUCCGCCAGGGCCUGGAGCAAGAUCUCCGGUCUCCGCAGUAGUGAGAUUAACGAGAAUGAGCGAGAGUAUCUGUCCAAGAUUGAUUACAGUCUGCAUGUCCCGAAGGAACACUUCGACAAUUGGAGCCAGAUCGUUCUAGCCUUGAGCAGGUUAUCCAAGGAGCCACCGCGGGGCCCAACUGGGCCGGCCGAUUUCGAGUCGGGUCGUCCAGGUGGUGCCGCCGGCGCCAUGCUGAUGAGUAUGGUCUGCGAGGUCGAGACUGGCCCAAUUGCACGCGAGACCACCUUUACAGAUCAGUGGUGGACGGACGUCAUCCAGAAGCUCAACCCGGGCUUGGUCAAGGACCCUGAGCUCGUGAAUGACUUUCUGCGCCAGCAUGUUCCAGCCGACAAGAUUGCACAAGUGCUGUCGCCGGGUUUGAACAAGCAGCCGGACAGGUCAUGGGAUGCUCUCCCGUCGAGUCCCACCCAGAACACACGGGUCUACGACAUGAAUUUCAGUGAUACUCUCAAGCCACGGACCGCUGAACGAUGCAAGGCAGCCAUAACGCCCCAAACUCCGACUCAGGAGAGUCCUGCGCGAAACUCGGUGCCGCCUAUGCAACCGCAGCUGCGAAAUCUUCCUACUCCGCAAACCACUCCACAGCUUACAGAGAAGCGUCCCAGGUCCACAACUCCCGACCGGCCUUCUCUUCGAUGUUCCGCCUCUGUGGAUGCUUUGCGCAGCAUGCGAAGACAGUGUAUCCUGAAUGCGAACCUGGAGCGUUGUCCUCCGCCACGGCCUCAAGAUUGUCGUCUACAACCUGUUAGAUCCUUGACACGUCCUGCAGAGACGACUCGAGAGAUUUCAAGCAGGUCCACGACGCCAUCCACCAGCUCGCCGGCCUCGGUAGCUUCGGACGUGACGGUGUGUACUUCGCGGUCCAGGUCUUCAUCUAUCUCAUCAAGUUCAUCAUGGUCAUCAUUGGCCUCUGCCAUCCCACGUCUCCGACUCGCUAGCGCAAGCUGUGGGGAGUCUAGCUCUUCUUUGGCACGAGUUUCCUCGGCAUCAGAUCGACGUGGCCUCGGGGUGCCAGAGACAUAUUGCACCCAGCCUGAUCAAGGAGCCAACUCCACCGCCGAGUCGUCAGUGAUUCCCAGCAGAUUUCAUGAUGAAGGAUAUGGGAGUGGAGAGGAACCGCGACAGAAGCUCGCCGGACAAUAUCUGUCGACAAUUUCGGAAGCUGAUGCCGUCCGAGUGCUCAUGUCAUUGUCCACACAAACCGAAACGUCAAGCCAGAGUGUCACACCGACACCAGAACGUCUGACAAGCUACGGCGAAACCAACUGUCUGCGCAAGGAGAACAAGCCUUCACGUGGGCACAAGAGAACAUUAUCCAAGACCGACUCUGGCAUACCAUCCCAAGCGCGCAGCAGCCUGGUGUGCCGUGAAGUGCAUUUGGAUGUGGUGGAAGACCCUUGCCAACCCUUCUGCGACAGUACCCCGAAACAAUGGCAAUUGCCUACGAGAGACUGGGCCACACCCAGAAAAGCAUUGCCCAAGACAACAGCCAGCAAACGUGUUGCAACGUACUGUUCAGUCCAGCAAUUUGCCUCUGCACCGGACCUAGCAUCGCAAUAUCUCAAAGAUUCGAUGAUUGUCGCUUCCUAGGAGGAGCAACAAAUGACCACCUGAGAUAUUGUGCAGAUCGAUCCGGUAAGACACCCGCGCCGGCACCCUUACUGUAUGUACAUAGCAACUUCAUGGUCUCUGGAGAUAUUUUCAUCGUCUACCGGAGCUCUCUCAUCAAGCCUAACCUUGAGACCACCACCAAACAACCACCGCCUUUGGGAGUAAUGAGUUCCAAAGGGUAGGAGGACGAAGGUACCCUAGGACAGAGUCCUUGUAUAGUGUCAAUUAAUUCAAGCGUUACUUCAGAA